GGCGCACACCUGUGGUCCCAGCGCUCUAGAGGCUGAGGUGGGAGAAUCGCUUGAGCCUGGGAGGUAGAGGCUGCAAUGAGCCAAGAUCGCGCCACUGCACUCUAGCCUGGGCGACAGAGCGAGACUCCGACUGAACAGGGGGAAAAAAAAUCCUCCUCCAUUCCCUCGCCACUGGCUUUCCCCUCUCCCCCUCACUUAACCCCUGUUUCUCGCCGCGCCCCCCACCACCGCACCCCUGCCCCGCCACAGCAACUGGAUCUAUAAACAAAGCCCUUCCCAGACCCCGCGGGACCGCGCGUGAACAGCUUUGCAGCCGGAGCCCGGCGCCCCCUCCGAGCUCUCGAGGGCCCGGGGGUCCCGGACCUCUCCUGCAACGGGUAGGGCCGGCGCUCCUAGCGCCUGGGGACCCCGGAGGGCCAGAGGGAAGUUCGGCUUCCGGGGGCCGGGGCGAGGGGACAAAGACACUGCUCGCUCCUGCAGAUCCCAAGCCGGCUUUACGGGGCCGGCGGCGACUGGGGAGUGACCGACCGCCACGAAGCUGCUGCCACGUCAGGCAACUUCACAAAACCCGGACGAGGGCAGGUGACGCAAGCCCCGCGGCCGCGGCGGGGCUGGGCCUGCGGCUACCCGAGGAGGCUGAUCUCCGGCCCGGUCGCCCGGUUCAGCGACGCCCGGCCGGCGCCGGCCCGGCUCUCAGGGAGGCGGGGGGUGCAGCGGAGGAGGCGGCGCCAUCGCGAAGCCAGCACCUCGCCCGCACUCGGCCUCGUCACCCCGCCUGCAGUCCGGGCUGGACUGGGCGGCGUCUGCGGAGGCUCCUCGGCCAGACCGCGUCAGCCUGAGCCGUGCUGAGACCCGGGCAGCGGCCCGGGAGGCCGGAGCCAGGCCAGCGACCCGCCAUGGAGACCCGCUACAACCUGAAGAGUCCUGCUGUUAAACGUUUAAUGAAAGAAGCAGCAGAAUUGAAAGAUCCAACAGAUCAUUACCAUGCGCAACCUUUAGAGGAUAACCUUUUUGAAUGGCACUUCACGGUUAGAGGGCCCCCAGACUCCGAUUUUGAUGGAGGAGUUUAUCAUGGGCGGAUAGUACUGCCACCAGAGUAUCCCAUGAAACCACCAAGCAUUAUUCUCCUAACGGCUAAUGGACGAUUUGAAGUGGGCAAGAAAAUCUGUUUGAGCAUCUCAGGACAUCAUCCCGAAACUUGGCAGCCUUCAUGGAGUAUAAGGACAGCAUUAUUAGCCAUCAUUGGGUUUAUGCCAACAAAAGGAGAGGGAGCCAUUGGUUCUCUAGAUUACACUCCUGAGGAAAGAAGAGCACUUGCCAAAAAAUCACAAGAUUUCUGUUGUGAAGGAUGUGGCUCUGCCAUGAAGGAUGUCCUGUUGCCUUUAAAAUCUGGAAGUGAUUCAAGCCAAGCUGACCAAGAAGCCAAAGAACUGGCGAGGCAAAUCAGUUUUAAGGCAGAAGUCAGUUCAUCUGGAAAGACUAUCACUGAGUCAGACUUAAACCCUUCCUUUUCACUAACUGAUUUACAAGAUGAUAUACCUACAACAUUCCAGGGUGCUACGGCCAGUACAUCGAAUGGAGUCCAGAAUUCCUCAGCAGCAUCCUUUCAACAACCUACCCAGCCUGUAGCUAAGAAUACUUCCAUGAGCCCUCGACAGCGCCGGGCCCAGCAGCAGAGUCAGAGAAGGUCAUCUACUUCACCAGAUGUAAUCCAGGGCCACCAGCCAAGAGACAACCACACUGAUCAUGGUGGAUCAGCUGUACUGAUUGUCAUCCUGACUUUGGCAUUGGCCGCUCUUAUAUUCCGACGAAUAUAUCUGGCCAAUGAAUACAUAUUUGACUUUGAGUUAUAAUAUUGUUUUGUGACUUAAGAGCUGUGACUCAACUGCUUCAUUAAACAUUCUGCAUUGGGUAUAAUGUAAGAAUUGUUUACAAAAAGAUUAUUUUGUAUUUACCCUUCAUUCCUUUUUUGAUCCUUAUAAGUUUAGUAUAAAUAUAUCUAGACAUUCAGACUAUGUCUAGCAGUUAUGUCCUGCUUAGUGUAAGGGACUGGAAGUCAAAGUUCCUUGUCUCACUAUUUGAUCUGCUUUUCAGGGAAAUAACUUGUUAUUUUUUCUCAUGCAUCGCCUUCUUUUUAUGUAAAUUUGUAAUACUUUCCUGUAUUGCCCUUUGAAAUUUUUGGAUAAAAGAUGAUGUUUUAAGUUCCAGUGAGUAUUACUAGUUACUCAAUACCAUUUAUUGAGUACUCUAUUUCUACGUAUUUAGAAUGUAUAGGGUUAAAACAGUUGAAAAGGGUAAGCAAAACUCAAGUAGUUUCCUUAAAAAAAGUCAUUCGUAGGAGAUUUACUGGGAUUGCUCAUUCUGUGACUUUGUGUCCUCAACAUUCUUCAGUGAAAAAACUUUAUUUCAGUCAAACAUUUAUGAGGAAAUGAGAUCACAUCUUUGUCACUGGAUGUUACUUGAAGAGGGAGUACUUUGUAACCACUUUGAUAUGCUGUUAUCACCACCCCCUGACCCCUGUUGCCAUACUCACACAAAUUUAACAAGAAGUAAAACAGUCUUCCAUAGAUUUUUGUUUUAAGGAAGAAAGGGUCCAAGCUAGGAGAUCGCUUUAUUUUCUUCCCAGAAGUUAAAUGGGGAGAUCUUAAGAUUUGAAUGUUUGCUCUGCUUUGAAAUGUAUGUCUUUUGAGAUGUAUUAUAUGCCUAGCUUUAUAAUCACUAUAAAUUUUAAUUCCAGGAAUAUGCAUAAUAUUGAAAUAUUUCAUGUACUAUUUUAAUAGAAAACCUCAGGGCCCAGGUAGCAGUGAUAGAAGUUAGAAAAACAUUUACUUAGAAUUGUCUACCUAGUCAGAGCCCAAGAAAGAAUUUUGAAAAAUCAAUAUAUAACUUAGUGCUAGCUAGCUCCACAGACUCUAAUAGAUAAUAUUCUCAUUAUAAUGCCUGGUGAGACCAUGUAAUCACAGAAAAACCUUGCCUUCAGCAUGUUCAGAAUUGUCUACCUAGUCAGAGCCCAAGAAAGAAUUUUGAAAAAUCAAUAUAUAACUUAGUGCUAGCUAGCUCCACAGACUCUAAUAGAUAAUAUUCUCAUUAUAAUGCCUGGUGAGACCAUGUAAUCACAGAAAAACCUUGCCUUCAGCAUGUUCAGUUCGCAGCACUGAAGGCACUCUUGAGGGUGUUGUUAAUGAAGAUUUAAUUUUUAAAUGUAGGUAGUCCCAAGCUUUCAAAUAGGUUAUGCUCCAAAUGGGUGUUUGUAAGUUAAUUUUUUUACAAGUCAAACAAUGUUGGAAAUUGUGUUUAGGUUCUAGAUCAGUCCACAAAAGUUAGCUCAUAUGUGUAUAUCUUGGAUAGGGGAGGGUAUUCAUAAAGUCCUUAUGUUGUUUUAACCAACUGAAAUUAUGGAUAAGAGAAACAAUUUGUAAAAUCAUUUUAAAGGCAGAUUUAAUUUUUAUUCCUGUUUAUGGAACAUUGGUUCUAUUAAAACUGUCAGACACAAUUUCUGUUUUCAUCUGAGAGCCAGUUUUCUUUUAUUUCUACAUCUAAAAUAAGAACAUAUUGUACACUAUUAUAUAAUACAGAAUUGUCUUAAACUUUAAUAAAUUAGCAUUUUAAAGGUGUUUAUAGAUUGUUUUUUAUAUCUGUACUGAAAUUGAUAAAGUCUAAAAAGCUCAAGGACUUUAUGAAGAACUCAUGUGGGGAAAAUCAUAGGUUACCAUUUAUGACUUUAUUGCCAUGAUAAAAUACAUUCUAAAAUCUUGAUGUGAAACAUACUAGAGAUAUUGGUUCAGUGCUCAGUGGUUUCCUAGCAAGAAGUCACUGACCCAGCUGGGAAAACCAGGUAGUAUCAUAUGAGAAGAAAGGAAUCCCCACCACUUUAACCUCUGCUGAGAUUAAUUGUGUGCUAGGAACAGUCUUCCUUCCAUUUCCCCUCAGUCAAACCUGAGCCAGCCUCUGGAUCAGUGUGAUCUUGUUGCAUGUUUCCAUGGGGUGUACCUAUACUUUAAGCCAAUCCUGCUGCAUUCACUGCUAAGUUAAAAAAAAAAAAAAGCCAAGAAGAUUUUGCAUUUUGCAGAUCCUUCUCUCUCUGACUUGCAUCUCUUCCCUCACCUGUCAAGUAGCUACCUGCUUGUUUGUGUUGGGAUAUUUUUUAGCACCUGAUGCACCAUCUGAAAGUGGCACCAUUUUCUUCUUCCCUUUCGCCUCACAUAUGCUCCCUAAAAAUCAAAUUGUCAAUCUGACCCCCCCCCCCCCGAUGUGAGGUUAAUGAGCAAAAUCGGUCUUUGGAGCCUUCUUGUCCAAGCCCCACUGAAAAGUCUCCAGAAAACUAUUAUUUUUAAAGUUCUGCUUUAACUCCUCAAUUCCAGCACAAGGCCAAAACUUAAGGAUAUAUAUUCUGGCAAGUAAAGACUGAGGACUCCUUACUUUAAUCCUCAGAUGUAGAUAACUCAUGACUUUUUCUUUGACCAAUAUAGCAUAUGAUGAGAUAUCAAAGCAAUUAAAAUAGCAUGCUUAUUGAAAAAAUACAUAAUCUAUUUCACUUAUAACUUUAAGCCAAUGAACUUUUCAAAAUUAUUUAAUAUGGGGCUUUUAUUUAGCACUUUACAUUUUCAUGCUGCUUAUUUUAUUCUGAAUAAAUGAAUUUCAAGAUUCUCAACUUUUUUUUUUUAAAUUACGAUAAUUGUUAUUUUAACUAUGGAAAUACAAAGUUUCCUAUUUCAGGAGAAUAAGAACUCUGUCAUUUUUGGCCAUGAAUAAACUUUCUGGUCUCUUGAGACCACCCAUUUUUAUAGAUCAGAAUCAGAAAACAAGUAAACAUUUAGACUCAUAAACAAGUCACAUUUGGACUCUGAACAAAAACCUAGGCUGAAAUACUGAAAAGCCUGUGCUUUCUUAAUUGCAAGUAAGUAUAUGUAAGGUUAAUGCAUCUAGUGAACCUGACUAAUAAAGACGUGCACAUUUACAGAUGUACUUUUAAAGCUUUUAUGGGAGGCUGUGCAUUGCUCAAAAGCUAUUGGGAACAUCUUUUGAACAGUUGCCUUCAAAAGUAGUUUGAGCUGCUCAAUAAAACCAGUGACUUUAUUCAUA